GUUCACAAAUCCUGAACUCCGGCAACCAUAGUCCCCGGCACACCUUUCUCGCGACUAAUCAUCACAGCGUCGACAAAAGUAAGUGAUGCGGCGUCUCACGGAGUACCAGGUCAUCGGGCGUCACUUGCCCACCGAGGCAAACCCCACGCCCAAGCUCUACCGCAUGCGCAUCUUUGCGCCUAACCCUGUCGUGGCCAAGUCCCGGUUCUGGUACUUCUUGACCCAGCUCCGCAAGGUCAAGAAGGCCAACGGUGAGAUCGUCAGCCUCAAUGUGAUCGCCGAGAAGCGUCCCACCAAGAUCAAGAACUUCGGUAUCUGGCUCCGCUACGACUCGCGCUCCGGUACCCACAACAUGUACAAGGAGUUCCGUGAGAUGAGCCGUACCGACGCCGUUGAGGCCCUCUACCAGGACAUGGCUGCCCGUCACCGUGCCCGUUUCGGCUCCAUCAGCAUCCUCAAGGUUAUCGAGGUCGACAACGCCGAGAACAUCCGCCGCCCCUACAUCAAGCAGCUCCUCACCAAGGACCUCAAGUUCCCUCUGCCUCACCGCGCCGCCAAGCCUGCUGGCAAGAAGAUCUUCGCUUACUCGCGGCCGUCUACCUUCGCAUAAAUGUGACGUUAGGGGUUUUGGGAGUAGGAGUGUGGAUGAACGAUAAUGAUACAGCCAUAGCAUGCAAAGAGGUCUUAUAGCACGCAGAGAACACAGCGUGUAUUUACCACUCAGAAAAUGGGAAGGGUUGUUUUGAUGUCACUCUAGUCCUCUGCAGCGACGGUUUUUCAAGAUUAUAUCACAAAAAA